GGCUACUUCCGUUUUCGGAAGAGAGCCGAAAGAAGCCGCAAAAUCAACAUUCAUUGACAGAAUUUGUAAAUAACACUAUUUUAUAAAAAUUGCGGUGUUGGGUUCAGGAUGUCAGGACAGAAGCGUCCGUGUGACUCCAGCGCCCCCUCUUCCUCGUCCGGUGCGCCCCCCGAUAAACGGAGGGAGCGAGAAGGAGGAGAGGACGGGGUUCCCGGGGUCAGCGCUACUGCCGUGGAAACCGUCAUCAAACUCGGAGGGGUGUCCAACUCGGAGGAACAGGAUGUCAAAGCUCUCCAUGUGAAGAACAGGAAGUUGGGAGAAUCCCUCGAUCAAAGACAGGUGAUUGAGGAUGAGCUGAGAGAGAGAAUCGAGAGACUGGAGACUCGUCAGGCUACUGAUGAUGCCAGCCUACUGAUCCUGAACAGAUACUGGAAUCAGUUUGAUGACAAUGUGCGCCAGAUUGGCAGGCGCUACGACCAAUCAGGAAGCGAGCCUGUGGAAACCCUGGUAGGAGAGGGGCGGAGCCUGAAGCCUGACACCCCAGAACCCGACGGCGACUCCAACCAGGAGAGAGCCAAAGACCGAGGCCAACAGGGAGAGACAACCACGUCCUUCCUGGCCACGCUGGCCAGCAGCAGCAGCGAGGAGAUGGAGGCGGAACUGCAGGAGAGGGUGGAGUCCAGCCAGAAGCAGGCCAACCGUGUGGUGGAGAUCUAUGACAGCUUGAAGACCACCGUGGAGCAGCUGAAGAAGGAUCAGGACUCUGGAGCAGAGGGUUCUGUGUGGCAGGUCGCUGUCCAGCUCAACACCCUCCUGUCCAAUGAGAACGACCGGCUGCGUCAGCUGACCGAUGACCUCCAGCAGAAGCACAGUCACAUGACUAGCGAGUCUCGUUCUCUGGGCCGGGCGGUGGCGAGGGCAGACACACGGGUCAGUGAGCUGCAGGGCCUCAUUGAAGAACUCCAGUGGGACAUGGAGAAGAUCAGACGCAGAGAAACCCGCCUCAACACACACCUGGGAGAAAUCCUGGAGAGGGUGAACAGUAAAGGCUACAAGGUGUGUGGGGAGGCCAGCAGUGUGUGUGGAACCAUCACCAUCAACAAGAGAAAGUUUGAGGAGAUGAACAGUGAGUUGGAGGAGAACAGGGAGCUGGCGGAGAACCGUCUGAGCGAGCUGCAGCGGCUACAGCAGGACCUGCAGACGGUCAACCAGGAGAACAACAACAUGAAGGUGGAGUUGUUGAGUCGUGCUGAGGGAGUGGUGAGGGAGAGCUCAGAGUACCGCUGUCUCCAGUCCCAGUUCUCUGUCCUCUACAAUGAGUCUGUGGGCCUUAAGUCUCAGCUGGACGAGACACGCACACGCCUCAACACCACCAGAACGGCACGCCUCCGACAGCUAGAGCACAUGGAGAAUGAUGAGGUGUCUCUCCAGAGGAAGGUGCGUACAGAGGUGUUCCAGCUAGAGGACACUCUGGCCCAGGUCAGGAAGGAGUACGAGAUGCUCCGGAUUGAGUUUGAACAGACCCUCGCUGCCAAUGAACAAGCAGGUCCUAUCAACAGGGAGAUGCGUCACCUGAUCAGUACACUGCAGACACACAACCAGCAGAUGAAGGGAGAGGUGGUGAAAUACAAGCUGAGACUGAGAGAGGCACAGACGGACCUCAGCCAGGCUCGCACUACGAAGGGUAGCGCUAUCCUCCAAUCACAAUCCAGUACGGAGCUGGAUGUGAAGGAAGAGGCCAUCUCCCCCCUGAUGCCUGCUGCCUCUGGUGAUGUCACCAUCAAGGUGGAGUCUGACAAUGGUUCAGCCACACCCAACAGCACUAGUACCUCUUUGAAGACAGAGCCUGGGACAGAGACAGAGGGAGAAAUCAAAGAGGAGGAGAAAGAGAAGGAAAUUAAGAAAGAGGAGAAGAAGGAGAGGGAGAGGCCAACCCGUGGAGGGGGUGGGGCCGUGAAGGAGGAGAAGGAGAAGGCUGGGACCAGCAACCAAUCGGAGGAGGUGACUCUGGAGCGCCCAUCUGUGAUUGGAGGACCAAAGAGGAAGGAGGUGGAGCAACUAAAAAUUGUCAGGGCGGACCUAAAGAAAGCCCAGGAGUCUCAGAGGGAGAUGAAACUACUGUUGGAUAUGUACCGGUCUGCACCCAAAGAGCAGAGGGACAAGGUCCAGCUCAUGGCCGCUGAGAAGAAGGCCAAGUCAGAGGCGGAGGAGCUGAAGCAGCGUCUCAGGGAUCUGGAGGAGAGGGAGAGGAGAGAGGGGAAGAAGAUGGCCGACGAGGAGGCACUGAGGAAGAUCCGCUCUGUGGAGGAACAGAUCAACAUCCUCAACAAGAAGCUCUCCCUGGCCAAGCAGGAGGAGGAUGCGUUGCUGAGUGAGAUGGAUGUGACGGGCCAGGCUUUUGAGGACAUGCAGGAGCAGAACAUCCGACUGAUGCAGCAGUUGAGGGAGAAGGAUGACGCCAACUUCAAGCUGAUGUCGGAACGCAUCAAGUCCAACCAGAUCCACAAGCUGCUCAAGGAGGAGAAGGAGGAACUCGCAGACCAGCUGCUCACGCUCAAAACACAGGUGGAUGCCCAGCUGCAGGUGGUGAGGAAGCUGGAGGAGAAAGAGCGCCUCCUCCAGGGCACCAUCAGUACAGCAGAGCGAGAGCUGGCUCUGAGGACACAGGCUCUGGACAUGAACAAACGCAAGACCCAGGAGUCAUCGGUGCUGUCGGAAGAGGUGCGUAGUCAGCUGGACCAGGUGCAGCAGAGACUGGGAACCGUCAGGGAGGAGGUCAUAGAAAACAGCAUCUCCAGAGAGAAGGAGUCCUUCAACGCGCGCCGCGCACAGGAGGACAUCUCCAAACUGCGGAGGAAGAUCGAGAAGGCCAAGAAACCAGCCGAGACCGUCCUCAACGGAGACGACAUCCUCAACGAGGAAAUCAAUGAUUACAAGGCGCGUCUGACGUGCCCGUGCUGUAACUCCCGGGUAAAGGACGCCGUCCUGACCAAGUGUUUCCACGUCUUCUGCUUCGAGUGUGUAAAGACGCGCUACGACACGCGCCAGAGGAAGUGUCCCAAGUGCAACGCCGCCUUCGGCGCCAACGACUUCCACCGCAUCUACAUCGGCUAGAGAUGGUGGAGGAGGAGGAAGGGACCGUAGGGGUUAGGAUAGUGGUGCCGGGAGGUCAGCGGUAUCCACACACCGGGCUUUCUCUCUAGCCAAACAAAACUGUUAUCACCACUCUAGAGAGUGAGGUGGAAUGAGACUAGAAAUCUGAGAGGUUUGAUGGACAUGUAAUCAUUAUGGGAAUCUAUCCACCUUGCUCUCUGAUAGGCUAUGUGGAGUUGCUGACUGACACCUAUUCAGUACUCUCGGAUCUCCACAAUAGUGGUGGGGGCUAAGGGUUGUUUCUGGAUUGGUGUACAUUACAUUGACUUAUAGAGAUCAUGGUUAUAUUUGCUGGCUGUGCACUGCCUGCCUGGCUGGAAGAAAAGCCUAUAGGAGAGACUGCCUGCCUGGCUGGAAGAAAAGCCUAUAGGAGAGACUACCUGCCUGGCUGGAAGAAAAGCUUAUAGGAGAGACUGCCUGCCUGGCUUUAAGAAAAGCCUAUAGGAGAGACUGCCUGCCUGGCUGGAAGAAAAGCCUAUAGGAGAGACUACCUGCCUGGCUGGAAGAAAAGCCUAUAGGAGAGACUACCUGUGGCUCAACAAUAGGAUUACAGUACCUAGGGCCUUGUGUUGGGGAACAGUGAGAUUUGACUUGAAGGGAUCCUCGUAGACACACUUUUCCAUUGUUGAUGUAGCUACCGGGGGUGUUUUUCUCUCCUCACUGAGUUGAUGGAGAGAGAGAUACAGACCUCUUUCACUUAAUAAUUUCAGUCCUGAAGGGCUGCAGUGAUGUGCUGAAGACCCUGAUAACCAUUUGAUAACAGACCCUGAUAACCAUUUUAACUGAUAGUCAACUUCUCUCCCCAGUACUGCUACCCCAGGGAACUAGACACCAGAUGACCUUCCUCGGGCUCUGGAUUUAGACUGGUGUGUGUGUGGGCAUCUCAGUUUACACACGUGUGAGGGAGAAGGUAAAACAGAGGAACCAGUUGCUAAGAUGGUUAGAAAAUCAAUGGUGAGAGUCCCUGGACUAACAGGGACCCUUGCUCCACCUGUACUCUGUCUGUGUGACCUGUCAAUGUUGUCCUUGUAUUUCUCUUUUUGUAUUUGAAAGCUGACUCAUCAGGCCAUAGACAGACAUGCUACCAAUACCUUGAACUGAUGCUGAUGUGUAAUAUUGCUGCUCUGAAAGUUAUUCAACUGCCAUCAAAUCUAGAAGCUUGUCUUGCAAUUGGUUACUUAUCAGUAAAGUUUGUGCAUUUUUAUUCA